GUGAUUCAGCCGCAGUCGCGAGCCGCCCGCCGAGAGGCACACACGCGUCCAGUGGACGAGUUGCGGCGAUGGCGCGAUGAAUUGCGCUCGCGCGGCGUACUGGGCCCUCCUCUGCCUCGCCGCUAGCGCCCUAGCCGCGCCAAGACGCCUCUACUGCGAGCGCGCCGACGUCGCCUGGCGGGCCUACCGUGCGCCCGCGGCCUUUGAGGCUCGCAUCCAGUCCUUGUCCAAAGACGCAGCGACCAUCCAGAUCAAGCGCGUGCUCAGGCAGCAAGGACACUGGCCACGGGAGGAUUCUAUCUUACGCCUGAAACUCCCGCCACAGGACCCUCGCGAGUGCACGGGGCGGUUCGAAGUCCCUUUGAAAAAUAGAAGAAACUACAUAGUCUUUGCCGAAAGACACGGACAUCAGGCUGUGGCGCUAGGCCCGCCGCUGAAGAGGACUGGGAAACUGCUGCGGAGGAUCAGAGCAGUCUACAAGCCGGGAUACAGUAGUCCAGCAAGAGUGGAACCAAUGCAAUCGGUGCGCACGACACGCGGGAGCCGUGUGCGGCUCGAGUGUAGCGCGAGCGCACGCCCGCCGCCACGCAUCACAUGGUAUAAAGACGGCCGGCCCGUCGCCGAUAUCGCGCUCAGGAGAUUCCGGGUGCAGAACUUUAGGAGGCGCUCAGUGCUAGUAAUAAGGCACGCUCGGCGCGAGGACACGGCCACCUACGAGUGCAGAGCCCAGGGUGCCGUGGGGCCGCCGGCCGUGGCCGCGGCCAACGUCAGCGUCAUGCUGCCAGUCACGGCGACGCCAGACACAACGACAUUGGGAGCCCCAUGUCCAAUGCCUGACCCGUCUUCGUACUGCCUCAACGGAGGCACUUGCCUAUACUUUCAGCUUGUACAAGAACAAGCUUGCAAAUGCCCUGAAGGUUUCAACGGCCAGCGCUGCGAAAACAAGGAUAUAACAAAUAGCAGUAGUAUGUAUCAUUCCUAUACGUGCAAACUGGGCCUCUCCACGUCCUACUACUGUUAGCUGUUACUACACAACUCCGCAAUGACUAUGACCUACGGAAUUUAGCUAGUAGGAAAGCUAAAAUCCGUGAGUUUAAAGUAUCCAUAAGUAUAAAACUUUCCGCUACAUAGUCUUACAUGCGAUGCGAUUGUGAUUCCGCUGAAGGUUUGAAAAGCUUGAGGUCGGUUGAGAAGUCUUGCCCGUGAGAACAGAACUACAAGAUUUAGCUACUUAUAAACAUGUUGUGGUAUGAGCGGAGCUUUUGUACUUAUUUAUUUUGUGGCAUAACCCACCUCGUUCCAAUUUUUAUUAUAUUUGCUCGCGAUGUUACAUUCGCCGCAUUCGAAUGUUGGACUGUAAAUUAGUUAUCUUGACUAUCUUAAGUUUUUUUUUAUAGAAUAGGCGCUGGUAUUUGUCACUCAAUUUCAAAAAUUCACUUUUUGUAGAUACAUUUACAAAUUUCGAAAUAAAAAACAGAUGAUUAUCAGAGUCUGUGUGCGAUUUAUUACGAUGACUGAAGUGAUUUAUUUGUGAAUUUCGAAGUAGCUAAAUAAAAACGAAUAGCUAAAAAUAUAAAAUAAUACAUAAAUUUUAUGGUGUAAGUAUAAGGGGCCAGCUGUUUGCAAGGCUAUUUAUAUCGUAAACAUCUAUUUUUAGCGUCUACCUGCUGAAAUUACUCGGCAAACUCUUGUUUCUCACAUUAUUGAGGAGAAAACAUGAUGUUCCAACAACAGGGCGAUGAUUGCCCCGUUUUUGCAUUUAGCUGUGUUUUUUGUUGUUUACAAGUAGCUAUAUUUUUUUAAACAUAAUAUGUACAUGGCUGGCCCAGUGAGAUUGUAAACUUAAGAUUUUACAAACAUAUUACUCAGAUAUGUAAUGUUUUGAUUGAGCUAUGCAAAUUUAUUUGAAAUAAAAUAGGUAUUCGGUUUUAUUUGUUUUCUAUACAUACAAGGAACCGAUAAUCUUUAAAAAGAAAUCUUUAUUCAUUGAAGUUGUAAAUAUUUUACAUGUAUUAAUUCCUAUUUGUAUUUUUUGGAAUUUACUAUUUACAAUAAGGUUUGGUAGUCCGUAACUGUCAGGGACUUUCAAAUUAUGUACAUACAUAUCUAAUAGGUUAAGGGUUUUUUACUUAAUUAAUAAAACUCAUGAACAGUUAGUAACACUAACUUAUUUGCUAUGCGAAUAUUGAAUCCUUUUAAACGUUUCAUAAAUAUUAUUCGUUCAUAAAAAAUAAUUUAAAUAUACAUACAUAGAGUUAGACCAAGUCUGCAACGAUUUUCAUAGCAUACGCAGUACAAAUGUUAUUUAUACGUCAUAAUUACAUAGAAGUUUGACGUUUAAAAUAACACUUUCACUGCGUGUGCUAUCAAAAUCGUUGCAGACUUGUCUUGGUCUAACUCUAGAAGACAAAGGCAGCUCUUUAUUAAUAAUAAGCGUCUUUAAAUGAAUUUUAAAAUUACAGUCGGUCCCUCUUCAAUUAUCAUUUCCCGUUCAACCUUAAUCUUUUACUUACAAAAAUAGGGGCCAAUGACUGUACUUUAAAGGGUAGGUAAGGGUAGUUUAGCAAUAUGUCUGUUAUCUUCGUGUUUCGGUGUGUCGGUUUCAAACCUCAAAAGGAAAAAUGAACCCUUGUUGUUGUCAAAAGUCGCAUAGCAAAUAAGCCACAUGAAGCUAAAAUAAUAAUGUCUGAAACUAUUCCUGUAACAAUUUAUUGGUCCUAUAUAAUCCACCUAGUCAAAGCGCAGUUUUAAUACUAGCUAGGUAGAUAUAACAUAAUUUUAUUAUAAUGUAUGAUUUUAUGAGUGUGGCUAAUAUGACGAAUGGUAUGGUUGAGGUUAUAGCGAUUUUUUCUACUCAACGAUUUAUUUCAACGCUAUAAUAUGGGACCGAACUUACAUAGUUUUGUUAUUGUUUGAUAUUUCAUUUUGUAUAAAGUACUUCUAUUAAAUUUUAAGUUUAUUAUUUAUAUGUAAUUAAUUAAAGUAGAAAAGGUACUAUUUAUUUUUAUGCGAUUGAGGAUUUUUGGGCAUUAGCUCGAAGGGUAAAGUGAAGACACGUAAAAAAAGUAAUAGCACGGUGUUUGGUAGUGUAGUUAUUAGGUAUUCGUGACUUCACAUCCCCUUUAACCCAAGUAUUGUCUCACAACAAAUAUUAAGACGCGUUAUACCGUUAAGUUUAUGUAAUGAGCAAACCAAAAUCACAAUAAAAGAAUGAGUGUUGGAAUUAACAGAGAAUC